CAGAUCGAGACGCCGGAGAAGUCUCCUCACCGCGGGGGUCAGCCGCACUCAGAGGGAGAGGAAGCGGAUAGCGCAACGCUGCUGAAUGUUAAUCACGGACUUUUAUUCUCAAUCGCUGGACUACCUUUAAGUUUGGGGGAAAAAUAAACUGAAAGCUGAGGUCAACGAAGACAAGGGCGCAACAUCUCUAACAAAACCCAACGACUGCACAUAUGCAUAAAUGAUCGCGCGAUGGACUGCUGAGGGCAAGUUGGAUCUGGACUUUUUCCAUGCGCUCUUUUUGCGCGUUGGGUUCUUCCGUGCCAAGGACGUCUUUUGAUAAGUGCAGGAGGUCCAGGCGUCCUGUUUGUGUGGCGAAACUGGGUGGUUUUGUUUGAUCCACAAAGCACAAGUAACUUGGCCAAGUGGACUAUUCAUACAGAGACGUCUGCGCUGCGUAAUUUUGGGUACACACAAGCAACAAUGCUGGCCAGUAUCAUUUUCAUUUGCUUCUUCUUUGCUGGUGCUAGUUUUGGAGACACCGAGCCUAAGGUAUCAUAUGAUGGAUCUUGCAAAUCUUUGUGCACCUGUGAAGAUAGAGAUGGACUCUUGUACAUAAACUGCGAGGGGAGAAACAUAAGCAAAAUCUCUGAUGUGCAAGUACCACCAGAUAUACCUUUCCAUCUAAAUCUAUACAAGAAUGACCUAGUGGAAUUACAAGAAGAGGAUAUGGAUGCUUUCAAGAAUGCUGUCACUUUACAUCUAGGUGCCAACAGCAUACAGGAACUAGAACCUGGGGUGUUCAGUGCUUUGGGAUCCCUAAAAAAGCUUCACAUCAACAGCAAUUUCCUGGUUAUGUUGAAGGAGGACACAUUUCAUGGCUUGGUAAAUUUAGAAUACCUUCAGGCCGAUACAAACUUCAUUCGGGUCGUGGAGCCUGGGGCCUUCAGUAAGCUGUUGCGUCUUAAAGUACUGAUCCUCAACGACAACUCCAUUGAGUUCCUUCCGAGCAACAUUUUCCGCUUCAUGCCUCUGACACAUUUGGAUCUGCGUGGGAACAAGCUAAAAACAUUACCCUAUGUUGGUUUCCUGGAGCACAUUGGCCGGAUUAUGGAGCUUCUAUUGGAGGACAAUGACUGGGUGUGUGAUUGUGAAAUCUUGCAUUUGAAGGUCUGGAUUGAGAACAUGCGAGCACAGUCAUCCAUUGGCGAGGUGGUUUGUAGUAGUCCCCAUCAUCUUAGGGGCACCACCUUGGCCAAGGUGAAAAGAGAUGUACUUUGCCCCUCCCAUGCUGAUAUUAAUCUUGAAGAGCCCUCUAAGUCCCUAGACAUGGUUGUCACCCCGUCCACCAAGGUUGUUCAGAUACCAAAUGCCAAAGAUGACGCAAAGCUCCCCACACCUGUGAAUGGCCUCGGGACAUUUUGCGUGUCAAUGUGUUCUUGUCACACUCACCCAAGUGCAGGUUUUUUAAUGCACUGUGAGGACCGAGGCAUUCAAAGGAUAUCUGAUCUGGGGAUUCUGGAACAAAGCCCUGCAAAGCUUGUUUUAACAGGGAAUAUGAUACAAAGGCUUUUUAAAUAUGACUUUGUGACAUACGACAGUUUGGAAUUGCUAAAUUUGGCAAACAACCAAAUAGACUACAUCGACAAUGAGACCUUUCUGAGCUUGAGCAAUCUGAGAAAGCUGUUCCUGAAUGGAAACCAGAUUGAGAAAAUCUCUGCAACAAUGUUUCUUGGCCUUCAUAACCUGGAAUACUUGUAUUUGGAGUAUAACGUCAUUAAAGAGAUUGAAGCGGGAUCGUUCAACCCUUUAACAAAUCUGAAGCUUUUGUUCCUGAACAACAAUCUACUCAACACACUCCCAGCACAAAUAUUCCGGAAUGUACCCCUGGUGAAGUUGAACUUACGUAAAAAUGUCUUUAUGCACCUACCGGUGAGCAACGUAUUGGACCAGCUCAAAUUUUUGGAGAAAAUCUAUCUUGAGGACAAUCCUUGGGACUGUAGCUGUGACUUGGUGAGCCUCAAACAGUGGGUGGAGAAUCUUAGUAAAGACACUGUGGUGGGGACCAUCUUAUGCCACACUCCUAGUAAGCUGCAUAGUGCUGAGGUUAGACACAUAAAGCAUGAUGUUCUCUGUCCUGGUUUGGUCACCUAUAAGUCCCUUCCGGGAGAAACCGAGAAUGGUCUUCCUUUUACACCAGCACCAGAUGAUGGCACCAGUAGUUUCUUUCGAUCUUUGACAGACGCCGUGCCACUUUCGGUGCUCAUUCUCUGCCUUCUCAUUCUCUUACUAAUCGUUAUCUUCUGUUCUGCUGGGAUUGUUGUGUUUGUGCUACACCGUCGACGAAGACAGGCCAAGAAGAAGCAGGUUGAGGAACAACCUCGUGAGAGCAGUCCUAUACAUCUUCAUUACAGCAUGUAUGGCCAUAAGACAACCCACCAUGUAACAGAGAGGCAAGGAACAGGCAUGUAUGAUGAACCAUCACGUAGCCCCAUAGUUCAGGUCUGCAGGAACCCUAGUUACUGCUCUCAGCACAAAGAAUACGAGCUGGAGGAGUAUGACACAGAGAAACCGAAGUACAUUUGCCACAGCAUCCUUAACAAAGAAAAUGAAUCUCUCCUCACAGGACCCAACGUCAAGUUCAGGGCUGUUACUGACUACCCUGCUGAGUUUGUGAGCCUUGGAGAUGCAAGUUCCUUGUACAAGAAUAUCUUAGAAAGGGAAGGGGAGCUUCAACAGCUUAGCCUCACCGACUAUCUCAGGAAAAACAUCUCGCAUCUUCAGCCAGGUGUGGACAUGCAAGUCCCCAACCAUCACAAGGAGCUGAAACUAAUGGAGACUCUAGUUUACACAAGGCCACGAAAAGUCAUGGUGGAACAGACUAAGAACGAGUACUUUGAACUCAAAGCCAACUUGCAAGCCGAACCAGACUAUUUAGAAGUCUUAGAGCAUCAAACGACUUUCAACUGAGAUAAGUAUGCUAUAACAAUAUCAUUUGAAUUGACACAAUAUUCCAAGUGCCUUGACUGUUCAUUAUGAUUUCUGAUUUAGCCUGAAAAAAAAUAAUAUCACAACAUCAGAGCAGAGGAAAGUCUUAUGAUGCAAUCAUUUGAGGUGGACACAAUGUCUAAUUCCAGUUGUUUCUUGGACUUUUGGAGUAACCAUUCACUGGGACAUUGCAGAUAUUUGAUACAGUUUAACAAAUGCAGAUAUUUGGCAGUGAUUUGGUGUAAUCAUGUUCAUAAUACCAGGACAUUUGUUGUGCAAUGUAGUUAAUGCAUUAUCUUUUUGAUUACUACAUGGUAGUGAUGACUAUCAUAAAUUCACACAUUUCUGUUGGUGUCUUUAUUGUCUAUGUGACAGAUCUUUAAAGCUCCUCUUACCUGUAGCAAUGGAAAAAUGCAUAUUCCUUUCUUUUUUCUGUCAGACUGAAACAUUUAUGGCUAGUUAAAACAUUCCCUGAUGUGUUAUGUUUUGAUUUAAAUAUGCCCAGCACAGUUUUUUGUCUACCUAGUCUCAUAGAAACAUGCUAUUAUACAUGCGUUGUUGCUAAAUUCUUUUUCACGACUCAUUUUACGUAUCGCGGCAGUUUCCUGGUGAAAUGAACACUAGAGGUGCUACAACAACAAUGACUUUUAGUACCUAAACACUUACUUUUCAGAUGACUUGUAAGGCGGUACAGUUUAACGUUUGCAUUACAUUACCAACAACAUUUUAUUGCUUGACCAAUUUGCACAGUAGCUCAACUAAAAGAGUGUGCACCUGCAAUGCAAAGGUCCUGAUUACGAUUCUUGAAGAGCAUGCAAGUCGACACGUGAGUCAAAAAUGUCAUGGAAGUGGUUGCUUAAGCAAUUGUGUUUUUCAUCUGAUGUUUUCUCACUUUGACAUUAUUGGUUAGGUUUAGGUUAAAGGGUAGGAAGGUUGGACUUGCUUUUAGCGCCAAUGAGCAGACAUUUCACCACAAAACUGCCGCAAAACAUGUAAGGAGUUAAGUAAUUUUGUAAAAAAGUCGCCACAAUCAUAUAUUUCAAUGACAGCAGGCUGGCUUUUGUUCAUUAAAUAUUAAAUAUCUAAGUGGUAUCUAAAAGACUGUAUAUUUAUAAAUAAAAAUAUCAAAUGAAUAAUGUUUCGACCCUGAGGUCAGACUUCAUGGAGGGAACCCAUUUACUGUGGCUGAAAUUGGCAUCUCAACUCAAAUUCUCAAUAUGCCUGGAGAGCUUGUCCACAAAUUAUAUCAUACUAACCCUCUUGCUCAUUAGCUCCACCGCUUCUGAUAUAGACAAAAACUCUGUUGGGCAUCCUUGGAGAAAAUAUAAAAGAAUUGCACUACUUAAAAUACGAUUUAAAGGUUGUUGAUGACAAUCACACGCUGUGGGGCCGCACCGUCCAUGCUAUUUUUCUCUAGCAUUCCCAAGUAGUGUAGCUUCUGGUUUGUAUAAUAAUGUUGAUUAAAGAUCCUUUUGAAUACACAAAUCAUAUCCAACUAUUUUAUUUCAGCAUGACGGUUGUGCGGGGUGUUUUAUCUUCAUUAUCCGGCUAGAGAAAGAUAAAGAAAAAAAAUGUAUAGAGAAAAUAUGCACACACGUUAUUGUGUUAAGCCUUGAAAUGUGUUAUUGUAUGGAAGAGCACCAUAGCUUUAUUUUGUACCAGUGUAGAUGAGAGUUAUUUAUUCUGUAUAUUUGUACAUAAUUUAACAUUUCUAUGUUUGUGUGCCUCUAAUGUGGUACCAAUUAAGCUGUAAAUAAACAAAUAAAUUGACUGUAUUGCAAUAGUAUGGCCAGUUACUCAACAAAAUAGCACACAUGUGAAUAAGUAUCAUAAAUAAGGACAAACAACAUAAUUGACAACAACAAUGGGGAAAGUAGAAGAAUCAGUAUCUACAAAUAUUAGUCAAGGUGCUGUUUAUAGCAAAUCCAUUAAACUGAAAUUGGGACAUUUAGAUACUAUAUCACGAGCCAUUAAUCUAAAACAGUAGUUGUCAACUGAAGGGUCUGUUUUCACAGAUAGCAGGG